AUGCCGAGCAAGUUCACGUACGAUCUACUGAGGCUGUUCAGGGACUCCUACCGGGACACCGACAACCUCACGUCCAAUGGGAGCCCCGUGCACCGCCUCAUCGAGCAGCAUUCUAUUGACUACUGGCUGUGGGCGGAUCUCAUUGCACCUGAAUCACAAAGACUUUUGAAGAGUGUUAUUAGGGUUCAGCGGCAAGAAGAAGCUGACAUUUUCUAUGUGCCAUUCUUCACGACAAUCAGUUACUUCCUGCUGGAGAAACAAGAAUGCAAGGCACUUUAUAGGGAAGCUUUAAAGUGGGUGACAUAUCAGCCUGCCUGGCAACGUUCAGAAGGCAGAGAUCAUGUCAUUCCUGUUCAUCAUCCAUGGUCAUUUAAGUCAGUCCGGAGAUUUGUGAAGAAGGCGAUAUGGCUUCUACCUGAUAUGGACUCCACCGGGAACUGGUAUAAACCUGGACAGGUAUAUCUAGAAAAGGAUGUCAUCCUUCCAUAUGUUCCAAACGUUGAUCUUUGUGAUCAUAAGUGUGUAUUAGAAACUCAAUUCAAAAGAAGUAUAUUGCUGUUCUUUCGAGGAAGACUGAAGAGAAAUGCUGGAGGAAAGAUCCGCAGUAAACUUGUGGAGGAACUAAAAAGUGCAGAAGACAUAGUUAUAGAAGAAGGUUCUGCUGGAGCUCAGGGAAAAGCAGCAGCUCAGGAUGGCAUGCGCAAGUCUCUCUUUUGCUUGAGUCCGGCUGGGGAUACCCCAUCUUCUGCUCGCCUGUUUGAUGCAAUCGUUAGUGGUUGUAUUCCAGUUAUAAUAAGUGAUGAGCUGGAGCUUCCAUUUGAAGGAAUACUUGACUAUAGGGAGAUAGCAUUGUUUGUUUCAUCGAGUGAUGCUGUGCAACCUGGCUGGCUCGUGAAGUACCUAAGAGGAAUCGAUGCCAAAAGAAUAAGAGAAAUUCAGUCUAAUCUUGUGAAGUAUUCAAGACAUUUUCUGUAUUCAAGUCCUGCCCAGCCUCUUGGACCAGAAGACCUUGCAUGGAGGAUGAUUGCUGGCAAGGUGGUAAAUAUCAAGUUGCAGAUUCGGCGUUCUCAACGUUUGGUCAGAGAGUCAAGGAGCGCAUUUUUUGUUACCAAUGGGGCGAGCUUUGAGUUUGGCAAAAAUUGCCAAUGUAUUUGUAAAUGCAAGUAUGCAACCGUAGCCAUGUACCCAAUGUAUCAGUUGGAGCUGCGAAGAGUGGUGAUACUGUCCUGUAUUCCGAGAAAUCUUAACAUGGCAGAGAUCCCAGAAGUUUGUUUGCUUUACUCUGCCUGGCGCAGGCACCUUCAGGCGGCUGGGGCCAGGAUGCAGCCUGGCAGGCGAGCUGCCUAG